GGCGUGUUGAUUCCUACUUCCUCAUCAGCCAUCAGUUGAAUGUCGGAGAGUCCAGACUUGGGUGGAGGGUCCUACCUGCCAUCAAAACAUGGCGUGUCGCUCGAAGUCUUGUACGAGCGAUACAAGGAGGACGCAGGUAUCCCUCUGCGCAGAUUCUUGAAGUUUCUCCGAGAUGCCGUCCUGCUGGACAACUCGUGGACAUUCGGGCAGGCAGUGACUGUGUUCUUUGAGCACUCCAACGAUGAGGAGAGGAACCAGGAGGCGGGGGAGCGAGUCCUGACCCUCAACGACUUUACCAUGUGCAUGAAGAAGGUGGCAAGGCAGAGCCUCGUUGUCAAGGAGUCCUCGCGCAAGUUCAAGGUGGAGGACACCAAGGAGUCGCAGGAGAACGAGUACUACCUCUUCGAAGGAUUGCAGAGGGCCGUGUCGGAGCGACUGCAGGCAGUGCCCAGGUCCGACGAGGAUGCGAUGCUGAAUAAGUUCAUCCUGUCAGAGUUGAUUCAGCUCUUUUGCCUAUCGAACGAGUACAAGAUGAGGCUGAUCUACAAGAGGCUGAUCAAAGUGAAGAGCUGGAAAGAAGUCCUUGCUAACGUGCAGGCCAAGCUGACCAAGUUGGAUGCAACCAAGUUCUUUCGUGAUGUCAUCCCCAAGGACCAGGGAGCAGCGCUGAGACAGGACGACCUCUACGCCAUCUUCCGCAAUGCCAGCCAUGAGAUCACCUCCAAGGAAUCGGCUGCUCGCGAGCUCUCCAACGACUUCUCCUUCCCAGAGUUUGUGGAGAUUCUGAUCCGCUGUGCGCUCUCGAGCUCCUUCAAGCUGCUGGAGGAGGAGGACGCCAAGACCCGCGCCUUCACGUUCGACGUGGAAACAGACUCAGUUGCAUACGCUGCCGAGCGAGUGAAGGCCUUCUGGCGGCUGGUGUGGAGCUGGUUGCAGAACGAGGUGUCGAAGGAGGAGGAGUACAAGACUGAAGACGUGCUCAUGGAAGACUGCCCGAUCUACGACGACGCCUCCAUCGACAUGCAGAUGCUCUUCGCUCACUACAGCACAGGGCAGGCCUACACCCAAGAGCUUGACUUCAGCAACCCCAACACCGCCAUGGGCUCGGCCGACCUGAUACGCCUGUGCCGAGAUGCCGGCAUGAUGGACCAUCGGCUGACCUACACGUCGAUCAUCGAGGCCAUAGUGCACACCAAGAGGAGCAAGGAGUGGCUGGCGGCAGAGCUCAACUUCAUGGAAUGGCAGGUUUUCUUUGUCCGCCUUGCGAUCCUCAAGUACGUGGAGCUGCCCAAGAUGGACGCAGUGACGAUCAUGGUGAAGAAAUGGCUGCUCCCAAUGGUCUACACGGACAUUGCGCCGUCGGAGAGCUCCGACUUUCUCUUCAGCCCGCGGGUUCUUAUCCUCCUGAUCUCGUACGAGAACCACACCGCAGCGCUGCUCAAGAGAUACUCCACGGAGAGGAACGUGACGAUAGACGUGGAGGGCGAGGUCGUCGAGGAAAAGGACGUGAGUAGGAACGAGCUGCAGAAGAAGCAGUCUACCGUCUCCUCCUUCUCUAGUGACCUCAAAGAAGAGCUGGAGAGGAUCAAACAGCCCAACACGUUCAAGAUCAAGACCUUGUUCCUCACCCUCGUGGACCUUGUCUCCUUUCUCAAGACUGUCGGGUUCCUUCCCAGGCUGCUCGCGGUCAACGAGCUGAUAGACAUCUUUGAUUCUAUCCUCAACGUCAACCCCUCCAGGCCGAUCCCUCCUCACUCAGCUCAGAUCUCAGUCUCUCACGUGGUGGAGAUGUUGGUCCAGUGCUCCCUCCUCUCCUUCGGUCGUCCCCCCCAUGCCAGCAAGUACGCGACGAGGGAGGAGAAGGUGCUCGCUGGGAUGGAGAUGAUGGAAGUUGCCUUCUACAAUAUGACUGGCAGCGUCAUCCCCCUCCAGCCAACUAUUCUGCAUCCCAUCCUCGCCGAAGAGUUCAAGGGCAUCUCACAGGAGAGCGAGCUCAGGGAGUACCUCCUCACCCGCCGCUGCUGCAUGGGCAACGCUCUCGUCCCCGUCCCCAAGCUCUCAUCCUCCUCGGACCCCAACACACAUCAGGGCAAGCAUGCUCAGCGCCUCUAUGAGCCCUCCUCUGAGUUGGAGGACGGGAAGCGUCCGGUGAACAUCGGCAUCCCGUGCCUGGUCCGCGAGCAGCACUUCGCUCCUCCUGCUCCUCAUCCCAUCGGCGCGCUCAUGGAGACUGCGCUGAUUCAUCACAACAGUGCGAGGUACAAGGCGGCGGUGGACACCUACCUGCAGGCCUGCAAUACAUGGGUAAACCUGCCGCCCGACCAUGACGCUGCGUCGGAGGAAGGGGAGGGGAACAUCCAGGAGCGAGGAGAGGAGGAGCGGGAGGAGGAGGAGGAGGAGAUUCCUCAGGAUGUUGAAGACAUCAACGGUGUUCCAAAGGAAGUUCUGCUCUUUUUUUUCAUUGCCCUCGGAAGCGUCUAUGAAAGCGCGGGACUUGAAGAGCUGGCUCUCUCCUGCUAUUGCGAGGCAAAGCUGAUUGGAGACCAACUGGAGAGCAAGUCCUCGUCCAACUCGGACUGUGCAAUCAGCUAUAGCUCCAUAGGAAGCGUCUUGUUCCACAUGGGGCAUUAUCAAUUUGCUCUCCUCUUCUUCAAGAAGGCGCUUGCGAUCAGGCAAUCGGCUCUCUCCGAGGUGCACAUGGACACUGCCCUCCUUUACAACAACAUCGGAGCCUGUCACGACAUGCUCGACCAGGUGACUGAGGCGUUGGAAAGCUUUCUCAAAGCCAAAGAUGUGUUUGUCUACGAGUUUGGAUUCGUUCAUCCGAGGACGUCAACAGUGAUGAGAAACCUGGAAAGAAUCAGGAGCCGCAAACUUGACUUCAAGAUCGGCUUCGUUGAACGGAAGCCCACACUGUGUCCAAAGGUUUUGGCUUCAAAAGGGAAGACGAAAACAAAGAAGGGGAAGAAAGGAGGAAAGAAGAAGAAGAAAUGA